AUGAGGGAAUCCAAAUCCUGGGGUGUGGAAGCAUCAGCAGGGACACAUGAGGAGCAGGAUGGGAUCUCACACCGGGCUGCCCGGCCUUCCCCCCGCCUCGCCGGGCCGGGGGUCCCCCGGGGCUCCCCCGGCCUCCCACCGCCUUCGCCCUCGGUCCACCGGGGCCCCACCGGCGGCCGCCGCCGCUCAGCCCCCGCCCCGGCCGCUGCCCGCCGGUCCGGGCAGAGCCACGGUACCUGGGGGUCGCCAGCCCGGGCCCCCCCCGCCGCGGCCGUCCAUGGGAAGCCCCUGUACCCGGCCGGGGCUGCAGGUGAGAAGGGCUGCAAAGGUGGGUUCCAGGCAAUUCCCGCAGCCUGCAGGGCACCCCCGAAAGGCCCGGAGGACUUGGGGUGUCCACUGGCAGCACCUCUGGGCAGCCUCCGGGAACACGGGAUCCCCGAGCUCCCCGAGCCCCUGGGCAAGAGCAAGAGCAAGAAGCGGAGGAACAGGACGACCUUCAGCACGUUCCAGCUGGAGGAGCUGGAGAAGGUUUUCCAGAAGACGCAUUAUCCCGACGUCUACGCCCGGGAGCAGCUGGCACUGCGGACAGACCUGACGGAAGCCAGGGUGCAGGUUUGGUUCCAGAACCGCCGGGCCAAGUGGCGGAAACGGGAACGGUACGGGAAAAUCCAGGAGCUGCAGAACAACCUGUGGCCGAGCCCUGGGAGCCCCCCGGGGCUGCUGCCCCCCGAGAGCAUCCCGUCCCCCUGCAUGUCCCCGUACCCCCCCGCCGCCAGCAACGGCUUCGUGGGCAUCCCCGCUUCCCCGGGCCCCCAUCCCGGCAUCAACAGCCUCUACUCCCUGCAAGGGCUGCCCCCCCCGGCCCUGGCCCCCCACCCGUUCGAGCCGCCCCCCCAACACGACUACAAAGCGCCCACCCUGAUGCCACUGAGGAUGAAGAGCAAAGACGGGGCCGGGAGCCUCCUGAACUGGGCCACAUGAUCCCCCCGCGGGAUGGACACGGAGCCUUCAUCCCUCCGGAGCGUAUCCCCCACCCCGCCGGCACCAGGGAGUGGGGUCAGGGUGCUGGGGUCACCUUCACCCCCUCUCUGCACACCCCAAGAUUUCCCACAUCCACCACGAUGUUGUUGCUCCCCCCAGUCCCGCUGAGGAGGGGUCAAAUGGGGGCUGUGGGGAGGAAGAAGAGGCACCCCCGAACCCAGGCUACCCCAGCGGGGCUGGCACUGGCAGCUCGGGACCCCAGAAAUGGCUCCCCAGAAUACCUGAGCCCUCCCAGCACCUCCAGUGAACGGGGUUUGAUGGAGAUUCCCGGUGGUUUCCCCACCCCCCCCUCGUGUGUUCCCCUCGCCCCUCCCGCCCCGGGGUGUGGCUGAGGAGGGGACGGUGCCGGGGGGGGGAUCGAGGGAGCACCAGGGCAGGGGAGUUUUGGGGGCAGUUCUCCCCUCCCCAGCUGAAAUUUGGCCGCUCACCCCCUGCCCAGUGCAACCAGCAAUGGCAGGAAUUGGGCUCUUCCUCUCCCAGUCCCAUACUGGGAAGACUGGCUGGACUGGGACAGCUGCUGGCGCUCGGGGGUUACUGGGGGCAGGGCCAAGGAUCCCCAAAGCCCCCCCCAAAGCAUCGCAGCUCGUUCUGCUCCCUCUUGGAGGGGAAACAAGGCCUUGGCACAGCUCCUGGUGCCCACCCUGGGAUGGGCAGUAAAUCCAUGAGCUGGGGACUACAGGGAUAAAGGAUCCCAAAGGAAAGGCUGUUUCCCUGGGGGGGGGGGGGGUCACCCUGUCACCCCUCAGGAAGGUGUUUUAAUCCCAGCAGGUGGGAACCCUCCCAGAUGCUCCAGCUGGGGGGUUGGGGGCACAACUGGUGGAUUUUGGGGGGGGCUCUGCAUUUUCGGGGUGGUACCUGCAUGGCCAGUCUUGGGUGAGGGCAGCACCUCAUUGUGUCCAACGUGUUCCAUCUGCCCUGGGGGUUCCCAGGGGGGCACCCCAAGCCCCCCCAAGCACCAGCGUGUCCUGUCCCCUCCUCCACCCCCUGUGACCUCCCCCACCACAGGGAAACACCCAAAAAUGAAGCCAGCAACGGGGACUCCCCUUGGCCCUGCUUGCCCCAGCACCAGGAGAUGCUGGCACACCCCCAGGGACACUCUCGGGCCAAACCCCCUCCCUGCACAUCUGCAAUGCCCCCCUGCCCCAGCCCCCACGUCCUGAUGGGGGGAACACCCCUGUGGGGCACCUGGAGCCCCUCGGGGAGGCACCAAACCUGCUGAUUCCAGCCCGAUCUGGGCCAAACCCCAAGGUUUUCAGCCAAGCCCUGGCACCCUGGGCACAGCCUGGCCACGGUGGGUGCCCACAGGAGGCAGCCCAGGGGUGCCCACCCUCACCCAGGACAUCUCACACCCCCCUCCCACCGGUGGGGAUGUUGUUAUUCAUUUCUAAACAAUAAACCACAUUUU